UUUUUCUUUGCUUAACAAAUUGAGGCCUUCACUUCGAUAUCACCGUCUUCUCUUCUCCUUAUCUUUCAUCACAUUCUCUCUUUCUUUCUGUUCUGAUACCAUUUCUUCAGGUACUUGUUCUAUAAUUGUCAGUCUGAGCUCUUCUUUGAUUCUCUCAAUAUAUAAGCACAUUUGCAAACCGACAAAGUAAUCUUAGGGCAAGUUUAUAGCAAUCUUCUUGGGGCCUAGAAACAAUCUACUGUUGAAGCAUUACAUGAUAUUGUUUUGAUUCAUCACUCUUGUUGAAAACGUGUGUGGAUAACUGCACCUGUGCUAGAAGAAGCCAUAUGAUGGCCACGGCAGCUGUUAUUGGACUUACUGCAGGAAAGAGGCUUUUGAAUUCCUCCUCCUAUUACUCUGAUAUUACUGAGAGGCUCUCUUAUGUCGGUGAUCAUGGAUUCACGCAUUGCCAAUCCUGUUCGACAAAGAAUGUGAUAGUUGCCAAGAGGGAUUUGAACUACAGCCCCAGUUUUCCAGCAUUGGAUCAGAACAUACAGACGAUUAAGGCCCUUAAAGAGCACGUCGAUACUGCUGCUGUCCCUUCAGCUGAGGAGAUGUGGUAUCAGAGGUCCAAUGAGUUUGAAGAUGAAAUCUCUGAUUUUGACUCUUCAUUGGAGGCUCUUCUUUUGCUGCAAAAGUCUAUGCUGGAAAAACAAUGGAACCUUUCAUUCGAGAGCGCAGCAAUAGCUGAAUCACCAAGAGAAAAAACUCACAAGAAGAUACCUAUCACUUGUUCUGGUAUUUCUGCUCGGCAACGGAGAAUAAAUUUUAGGAGGAAAACUUCAAACCAAAAUAAAUCAUUAGUGCAACCUAAUGGCCGUAUGCAGCUAAAAUCAAGUAUCAGUCCAGAGUUGAUUCCAAAUCGUUCGAAGGGGGGCUAUGUGAAGGGUGCAAUAAGUGAGCAACUUCUCCCACAUGCAGAAGUUGUGCGGCUGUCUGAAAUAAUUAGAAUUGGCCUUUCCUUAGAGGAGCGGAAAUCCAGGCUGAAGGAGAGAUUAGGGACUGAUCCUACUGAUGAACAACUUGCAACUUCCUUGAGAAUCUCUCGCUCUGAACUACAAUCAAAACUGAUGGAGUGUUCUCUGGCAAGGGAGAAGCUGGCAAUGAGCAAUGUUCGGCUAGUCCUGUCUAUUGCACAAAGAUACGAGAACAUGGGUGCUGAAAUGGGAGACCUUGUUCAGGGUGGCCUGAUUGGACUAUUGCGGGGCAUUGAGAAAUUCGAAUCUUCAAAAGGGUUCAAGAUUUCAACUUAUGUGUAUUGGUGGAUACGUCAGGGUGUUUCAAGAGCAUUAAUUGACAACUCUAAAACUUUAAGAUUGCCAACACAUUUACAUGAACGGUUAGGACUAAUUCGGAAUGCUAAGAUUAAGCUGCAAGAAGACGGAAUAACUCCGUCUAUUGAUAGAAUUGCAGAAUCCUUGAAAAUGUCACAAAAGAAAGUUAGGAAUGCUACAGAGGCAAUUAGUAAGGUCUUCUCCCUUGAUAGGGAUGCAUUCCCGUCACUGAAUGGUCUUCCUGGAGAGACGCAUCAUAGUUACAUUGCAGAUAAUUGUCUGGAGAACAAUCCGUGGCAUGGAGUAGAUGAGUGGUUGCUUAAGGAAGAAGUAAACAAGCUCAUCAACUCAACACUUCAAGAACGGGAGAGGGACAUUAUACGUCUUUACCAUGGUCUGGACGACAAAUGUCUUACAUGGGAGGACAUUAGUAAACGGAUAGGUUUGUCAAGAGAAAGAGUACGGCAAGUUGGACUUGUCGCACUAGAGAAACUAAAAAACGCUGCAAGGAAGAGAAACAUGGAGGCUAUGCUAAUGAAACAUUAGUUUUGCGCGUUUCAUCGAGGGCUCAACAGUAUGAUUGUAUAUAGAGAGAGAACUGAAUCUGCAUUUCUUUAUCAGAAAUAUUGAUACAAGGUAUUGAAUGAUA